UCGCACCUCGUGCGAGAUAGACGUGUUGCGAUUGCCUUGUGUUCUCGGUGCGACACGGACGAACGGGCGGCGCGCGAAGCGCGGACGCAUUCUCGCGUCUUGUCGUGGCCUCGAAUUCGGAGUGAAUAGGUACAUCCUCAUGAAUGUGCGAUAAACUCGGCUUCGGCCUGGGGUAAUACUGUGCCUGUGCUGUGGUGUUGUGAUAUUCUACGUUGCUGCCUGCUGGUGACCUAGUGACACUUAAGUGACCUAGGGACGCUGUUAAGUCUAAGUUAAGAUAGACUAAUAAGGAUAAGUUAGAUUAAUUAGGAUAGGUUAGAUUAAGCUAAGCUAGGAUAGGAAUUUAUGCUUGUAGGCUAGGCUGUGUUUGUUCCCUUGAUAGCUGACCUGCUUGGCUUUGCCGCCAGCAGGUCACCCAUUUAGGUACAAAUGGACGACGGAAUCAGUACGGAGACGGAUGUAGCUGCUGCUCGUAAGUUGCGGAGUCACGGGCUAUUGUCGGUACCAAGAGAUAGCUCUCGAACUCGGAGUCCGCUCCGAUCAGGCCUUGACUCGGACCCGGACUCGGAGAGCUCCAAGGCUUCAUCCGUAAGCCGUGGUAGGGCUAAAGGCCGAGGGCGAGGUACAGGAAUCUCCCGUGCCAGAGUCAAUCUCAGAAAGGCGAAGGAAGAGGCCAAAGAGGAAGCUUUCAACCAAUUCCUACGAGAUCGAGUGUGCCGCAAGAGGAUAUCUGAGCCCGUCUUGGACCCUGAAGACUUUCCUUUAGAGGCACAAAAAGAGGACCCCACCCAACUCAGCGCCGAGGAGCUGCGAGCCGUUGCAGGUAAAAGCGUGGCAACUAUAGUUCAGGUUGCCACCAAAUCAGGGCACCUUAAGGGCUCACAUGCUAAGCUCCUUAAGGACUCAGCUGCCGCUCUGCAAGAGAUGGUGGAUGCUCUGGCAUCCAGAACGGAAGCCGAGGAAACUCGACGACUUAGAGUGGACAAUGGCCGCUUACGCCAGGAGGUGGAAAACCUCAAGACGGAGUUAAAAGCCCACCGAAGGGAAUUUAGCGAGAUGAAGGCGACCAUGGCGGCGGCAAAUACCACGUCCGUCUCCAGCCUAAGUGGGGAACUCAUCGAGGAGCUAAAGGCAUCCAUUGCUAUCUCCGUCGGUGCCAUGCUGGAUGCCCGAUUUGCCGGAAUUGAGGAAAGGCUUCUGCCCGAGAAGGUGCACCGCCCGCCCUUAGCAGCGGAUAAGAGCCGAGAAAUGGCAGCGACGCAGACAGUUACUGCUGCUCCAACGGCUCGGAUGGGCCCGAUGACUCGGAGUUUUACAGUGGCCUCGAAGCCCGCUGGGACUCCUGAGACAAUGGCUGGACCCAGUCGAGUUGAGGCAAGGGAGGUCAAUGACUGGGCAACAGUUGUCAAAAAGGGCAAAAAGGCCAAAAAAACCUCACCGCCCACAGCCGGCGCUGCCACCACCCCAACGGUUGCCACUGCCGCCAAAACAAGUCAGCCGGUUAAACCGAAACUUACGUCCCCUAAAACCGCGGCGGUCGUAGUCACAUUGCAGCCGGAAGCGGCAGAAAAGGGGGUGACCUACGCUAAAAUACUGGAGCAGGCGGAGCGUCAGGUUAACUUGGAGGAGCUUGGCAUCGGCGAAGGAAUAAAAAUUCGCCGAGCGGCUACAGGCGCCAGGCUCUUAGAGCUUCCUAAGGGCCAGACGGCGGAACAGGCGGAAUUGCUAGCGAGCAGGCUCCGCACUGUUUUAGAUGGCGUGGCUAGUGUGGUUCGCCCAUCCAAGCUUGCGACCCUCAGGGUCACUGGACUUGAUGACUCGGUCACAAAAGAAAAGAUAAUUGCUGCCGUCGUGCGAGCUGGGAACUGUCCUACCGAGUCGUUAAAAGUGGGAGAAGUGCAGUCCGGCCCCAGAGGGGUGGGCGCAGCCAUCUUGCACUGCCCCAUAGAGGUGGCUAAAGUAAUCUCGGAAGCCGGGAAGCUACGGGUCGGUUGGAGUUCUGCCGAGGUCCAUGUGCUAGAGCAACGCCCCUUGCGCUGCUUUAAGUGCCUCGGUAUCGGGCACACAAAGCCAGUCUGUCCGUCCACAGCAAACCGAGGCGACCUGUGCUUCCGGUGCGGUGGAAACGGUCACAAAUCGCUGGGAUGCAUAGCCCCAAUGCGCUGCGCAGUGUGCAAAGACGCAGGGCUACCAUCAGAACAUAUCAUGGGGGGUAGGAGCUGUAACCCUCCCUCAGUGAAGGGUAAGAUGGUCUCAAUGGCUCAGGCCGCCACCAGCGCUGGUCGUCGUCAGGCGCAAGAGGAAGCUGAAAUGUCAUCAUGAAUCAGCCGUGUCAUGUAAGAUUUCUCCAGUCAAACCUUAACCACUGCGCUGGGGCUCAAGAUCUCUUGCUACAAUCAAUGAUGGAGUGGGGAAUAGAUCUGGCAGUCGCUUGUGAACCCUAUUAUAUUCCUCCCCAAUCACACUGGGUUGGCGACUUGGAUGGGUCGGUAGCAGUUCUGACCAGAAACAAUACCGACAUCUCGCUCACGGUAUUAGAAAGAGGUUC